AUGGUGAACACCGGGAUGCAGCUGAUCAGCUUCACCUGUGCGGUGACCGGCUGGAUCAUGGCGAUCGCUGUCACAGCCUUGCCUCAGUGGAAGGUCUCAGCCUUCAUAGGCAGCAACAUCCUGACCUCAGAGAUCAAGUGGGAAGGGAUCUGGAUGAACUGCAUCUACCAGACCACGGGUCACAUGCAGUGUAAGACUUAUGACUCCAUGCUGGCUUUGCCUCCCGACAUCCAGGCAGCCCGUGCUCUUAUGUGUCUGGCCAUCUUCAUGGGCUGGCUCUCCUGCACCGUGUCCUGCUGCGGCAUGAAGUGCACCACUUGUGCCGGGGACGAUCGCCAGGCCAAGGCGGGUAUAGCGCUCUCAGGUGGAGUUCUCUUCAUUUUGACAGGCCUGUGCGUAUUAAUUCCAGUUUCCUGGACUGCCAAUACAGUCAUCCAGGAUUUCUACAACCCCAACGUGCCUGUGAUGUACAAAAGAGAGCUGGGCCAGGCUAUUUAUUUGGGCUGGGCGGCUGCAGUUAUUCUCAUGAUCAGCGGAGCUGUGUUGAGCAGCACCUGCCCGCUCAUGGAGAGGGGAGGCAGGUACCGGAGGGGCUACAUAGGGCGGAGUUUUGCAAAUUCACCUGCUACAGCACCAGAUUUCCCAAAGCCUAUCACUUCUAAUAAUUUACCACUGAAGGAGUAUGUGUAG